ACCAGACGGGCGCCGCCAUCUUGUCCGCGACGGUAUUCGCGCGGGGCCAAACCUCCUCUGGGCCGGUGAUCGCCUUUGGUGGGGGGGAAGGGAAAGGGGAAAAGAAGCGGCAUGGUGGGAAUCGCGGGCGGGCAGAGCCCGUCGCCCAAAGAGGACGAGAAGGAGGACUUCGCUUUUGCAGAAGGGCUGCUGGACACCGUCCUCGGUUCCCUGUAUGACUUCGGUGAAUCACCACCAGAAAAAUGCAAAAAGAAAAAGAACAAGAAAAGACACUCCCAACAGAUAACAGCAACAGUGGCCACUCCUACUAUAUCACUUGUCAAUCCUGAACUUCGUACAUCUUCUUUGGGCAAGAGAAAAAAUGUGUCCAACUUCUUUGACAAUCUGAAAGAUGAACUGGCAAGUGUUCAUCAGAAAAAAUGUAUCUCCGGUUCCAGUUCCCCUCAUCCACUCCCAUUCAAAAGUGCCCAAGAAGAAAAGACAACACAGGUUGAAGUUGUGAGAUUCCAGGGUCGACACAAAAAGAAGAAGGCUAAAUUAGAAAUUCCUGGAAGUGAUGACUCAAAGGCAAAAAUGGCUGCUGAAGAAUCAUGUAUGGACACCCAAGAAUUUCGCUUGGAAAAAGCCCGCUUGGAAGUACACCGCCUUGGAAUUACAGGAUUUACAAAGAAAGAACAGAGAGUAUUGGAGCAAGAACGUGCUAUCAUGUUAGGGGCAAAGCCUCCAAAAAAGGAAUAUGUGAACUAUAAAAUUCUUCAAGAGCAAAUCAAAGGAAAACAAGCAGCAAAGAAGAAAGAAAAUAUGAUGGAAAAUAAAUCUGAUUCUCUGAAGAGGAGAAAAAAGAGAGGGCAUGAAGAGAGAAAAUCCAAGAAGACAACAAAACAGAACAUAUUGCCAUCAGGACGAUUGGGAAAAUUUAAAAAUGGAACUUUGAUUCUUCAACGAAGUGACAUAAGGAAGAUCAAAUCUUCCAAGUUGAAUAAAUGAACUUAUAUUGAACACAGAAUAGGAUGAAGAAACUGGGUAACAAAAUAACUCUUUUUUUAAAAAAAAAUUAAUUGUUCCAUUUUUUAAAAAAUAAAAACUCAUUUAAAGGUU